UACUGAGAAAAUUGAAAAAAGUAUUUUUUUUUUUUUUUGUUAUAAUUUUUGCAGCAAAUGAAUCAUCAAGAUAACAACAAUAUGAAGGAUAAGGAGAGCAAAAAUGAAGAAAAUAAUAAUAAUAAUUCAAAAGGAAUUAUUAUUAUUAUAUUGGGUGUUUAUAUUCAUUGUCAAGGUUGUAAAGAACAAGUGCUUAAUUCCCUUCUUGGUUUUGAUGGUGUGGAGGAGGUUGAAAUUGAUGAGAAAAAUCACAAAGUGAUGGUGAAAGGGAAGAAAGUAGAUCCUCUAAAGGUGGCAAAAAGACUUAGGAAAAAAAGUGGUAAAUAUGUGGAAUUAAUAUCUCCAAUUCCACUUAUGAAGAAAGAAGAAGAAGAAAAGAAAGAGACAAAACAAGAGCAUAAGGUAAUUGAAGUUAUUCUGAAACUAUACUUGCAUUGUGAAGGAUGUGCCAAAGAUGUCAAGCUAAGCAUUCACAAAAUGCCAGGGGUUCAAACAGUGGAGCCAGAAAUGAAGAACAACAUUGUGAAAGUGAAAGGAUCAAUGGAUCCUCAAAAACUAGAAGAAUUCAUCAGCAAAAAAGAAGGAAGACAUGUUGAAAUUAUCAGUAAAAUUGACAAAUUAGAGAAAAAUGAAAAGCAACCAUAUGAUGAAAAUUCAUAUGAUUAUAAAAAUAAUAGCACCAACUUCCAACAUGAUAAUUAUCUUCAAUUUGUUUAUGCUCCUCAACAUUUUAGUGAUGAGAAUCCUAAUUCCUGUUCAAUUUUAUGAGAUAAUUAAAGUUUGAUCAUAUCUUAUAUUAAGUAAAAUUUUAAGAUUGUAAUACAAAAAUUUUCAUGUCCUUGAUAUAUGUGCACAAAUGCAUAUUCUAAAUCCAAAUUUUGUGCAAUGCUAAUUUCUUUAUAGGUUUGUUUAUAAUUCUUUGUUACAUUUUUGCAAUAAGUAUACAACAGUAGCAUAUCCAAUGUAAUCCGUUGUUAAUGUGCUCUUAUUCAGAAUGUUUUGUCUUGUUUUCUAUAGUAUUUGUCAUAGUGGAAUUUCCGUUGUAACAGUUAAAGUGUACGUUUUUUUAUCUUCGUGAACAAUCCAUCAUGCUUUAGUACAAAAAAAUGGCAGUCUGGUGCAUAAAGCUUUCUACGCUUGGAGAUAAAAAUCCAUCAUGUUUUUGUAUGCGCGGGGAUUGGGAAAGGGCCGGAUCAGAUGAUUAGAUGUCCGCGAAUCACUAUUGAUAUAGC